CGAUCCCCAAUCCCAAUCCAAAUCCAAAUCUAAACCCUUCACCAAUCCCACCGCCUCAACAACAUUCGCAGCCGCAAGUCGCAACUCCCGAGCCAACCCAAACGCCGGUCUUUCAACCCGGUCCGCCUUACGCGCCGUCUCCGAUUCCGGGCUCACUUGUAUCCAAUCUUCCGCCGCCGCCACCUUUCCGUCCCGGUAUGCAGUUCACUCCGCCUGCGAAUUUUCAAAACCCUAACUCUGGAGUUCCUCCUCCCGGCGUGAACUCCGGUGGUGUUAUGGCGGCUCCAGGAUCCAUGCCGUAUCAGCCUCAGCCUGGGCAGCUUCCGAAUCCGGCUGGUAUGAGAGCUUAUUCGCCUAUGGCUAAUGGUUAUCCCGGAAUUCAUGGCGUUGCUCCUCCAGGCUCCAUUCCUCCUCCGGCGUCUUUGAUUGAGUUCCGUGAGAAAGGUUGCGAGGCAUCAAAUAUUGGGUAGGGACUCACUUCUACGACUCCCUCAUUUUUGCCAACUGCCGGCACAGCAAGCAUUUGUAGCCACUGAAUGCUCCUUGGUCUUGGUUUUGAGGUAUUACAAUUUCUUAUAAGUUACACCUUCCGUUACGUCUUCCACAUGUUGUUCUUUCUUUUUCCUUCCUGUGGUCAAGCUGCUAAUGGUUGAAUGGGAAUAAUAGUUCUUAAUAAGUUCCAUGUGGGCAUGAGAUGAUGGGAGUUUCAAUAUUAUUAUCCAAUCUCAAGUCCAACGUUUGCCAGAUGGUUAUAGAUUCUUAUCGCUUUUAAGUUUCAGUGUGAGGUACGACUACUUAAUGUGGUAAUCAUGACUACGAUCCUGGUGCUAUCUUCUUAAUGUGUCCUUCAGGUUCUCUGAUCAGCCGGGUGGUAUUUGUACUGCCCCUGGUGUGCAUAUCUAAUUUGCUCUAGUUUGUGGUAACAAUACAAAAUGAAUCUUCAAUUCCUCUUCAUGAUGCUCUUUAUUUAUGCCAUCCCAGUUGAUCUAUUAAGAUAUAAAACAUAUACUGAUGAAUUUGCAUAGAAUUGUUUUCUUUUGUUUAUGCAGGGAUUCUCCGGUAUCCUUCUCCCUAUCCAACAAUGGUUCGUCCUGGUUUUAUUAUGCGCCCGCCUGGUACAAUUGGUACUGUGCAACUAGUACCACGUCCCCCUGUCCCUGGAAUGCCUGGACUUCGCCCCGUAAUGCCUCCUAUGAUUAGACCAGCUUCUGUGCCUCUCGUACCACCAACAGAGAAACCCCAGACGACAAUUUACAUUGGCAAGAUAGCAACCGUGGAAAAUGACUUUAUGAUGUCUAUUCUUGAGUUUUGUGGCCAUGUCAAAAAUUGUUUACGUGCAGAAGAUCCCACCACCAAGAAACCUAAAGGAUUUGGAUUCUAUGAAUUUGAAUCAGCUGAAGGGAUUCUCCGUGCAAUACGCCUGCUUACCAAACUUACAAUAGAUGGACAAGAGCUUUUGGUGAAUGUUAAUCAAGCAACAAAGGAGUAUUUGCUAAAAUAUGUUGAGAAGAAAAUGGAGGAUGCAAAGAAAGCCAAGGAAAGUCAAGCUGUAGGAACCGAAGAUAACCAAGCUGAAGGCCCUGAGAGUGAUCGAGAAAAAACUGAGAAUUCUGCUAAGCCCACCAUAGGGGAGACUGGGAAGGAUGGAGAACCAAAGAGUAAAGAAAACAUUGAUAUUGCGAAUUCUGCUGUCCUAACUGAUGAAGAAAGAGAAGCCGACAAAGAGGCUAUGGAGAAGAUUGAAAGUGCCAUUGAAGAAAGGUUAAAGACCAACCCUCUGCCUCCACCACCCCCACCACCACCUGUUGAUGGUUCAGGCAUAGAACUUGCUUUCAAAUCUAAGGAUGGAGACUCAAACACUGACAUAGCCCGGAGUGAUUCCGCUGCAAAUGAUGCUGAGACGCCUGGAGAACACAAUAGGCCUGACACAAGUUCACCUGAUUGGAGUAAGAGAAACGACCGAAGAAGCAGAGACAGAGGUGAAAAGGAGCAAGAAAUGGAUAGAUAUGAGAGGGAGGCUGAACGAGAACGAUUAAGGAAAGAGAGAGAGCACAGGAGGAAACUUGAGGAUGCAGAGCGUGCUUACCAGACUCGUCUUCGACAAUGGGAACGCAAAGAAAGAGAAAAGGAGAAGGAACGACAGUACGAGAAAGAGAAGGAGAAAGAUAAAGAGCGUAAGAGGAAAAAAGAAAUCCGCUACGAGGAAGAGGAGGAUGAAGACGAUGAUGAUUCAAGACGAAGAUGGCGUAGGGCUGCGUUAGAUGAGAGAAGAAGACGACGGCUUAGAGAGAAGGAGGAUGACUUAGCUGAUAGAUUGAAAGAAGAGGAAGAGGUUGCUGAGGCGAAGAGGAAUGCCGAGGAGCAAAAGUUGCAGCAACAACAAUUAGAUGCCUUAAGGCUCCUAUCUGGACAGGCAACUAUUGGAAGUCAACCGGCUCAGACAUCACCCAUUGAAGACGAUCAUAAAGCAACUCUCGAACCUUUAUCUAUCCAUGAGCACCAUACAGCAGAUAUUGAUCAAAAUGGUUCUGGUAAUGACAUGUCCAUGGCUAUUGAUAAUAAUAGUGGUUCAGAGGCAUCUGCUCCCUCCAAGAAAUUGGGAUUUGGGCUUGUGGGAUCCGGAAAGCGAACAUCUGUGCCUUCUGUCUUCUAUGAGGAGGAUGAAGACGAAGCACAUAAGGAUAAGAAGAUGAAACCUUUGACUCCUAUAGAUUACUCAACCGAGGAACAGGAGGCUGUGGCCCAUGGUGGCUCAGGGAAUACACCACCUCAUUUGGCCCUAGCCGCUGAAUUUGCAAAAAGAAUUUCGAGUACUAAUCCCAAAGAAGAGACAACGGAAAACGAAAAACAUAGGAGCAGACGUUCUCAUGAUAAGACAACCCACAGGGAAAGGGAAAGGGAAAGGGACAGGGACAGGGAAAGGGACAGAGACAGAGUCAGGGACCGAGGUGACGUGCAUAGUGGUCAAACGAAAGACGGUAAAGAGCCUGUAAAAGCAAAGACACCUGAUACCAAGAAGCUUAUGGAUGCGAAACAAUUGAUAGAUACAAUCCCAAAGACAAAGGAAGAGUUGUUUUCUUACGAGAUAAACUGGGCUAUGUAUGACAAGCACCAUUUGCACGAAAGAAUGAGGCCAUGGAUCUCAAAGAAAAUCAUGGAGUUUCUUGGAGAAGAGGAAGCCACGCUGGUAGAUUUCAUUGUGUCAAACACUCAACAGCAUGUGAAAGCGUCUCAGAUGCUUGAGCUAUUGCAAUCGAUUCUAGACGAAGAAGCUGAGAUGUUUGUGCUGAAGAUGUGGAGAAUGCUCAUCUUUGAGAUCAAACGGGUCGAAGCUGGAGUGCCGGUAAAAUCCAAAGCCUGAAACUUUAUUUACAAAUGAUUUUUCGUUCUUGUUGCUUUAGUGUCUCAAUUUUUUUCGAAGUCUUAUUGUCUUUGGAUUUAAAGAAGAAUCACCAUGUUUACAAGCUUAAUGCAGAAGAAGAGAUUGAAAUAUAUAUACACACAUUCUAGUUCA